GCGUGAACUAUAGAUUUUCAGUACUAGCAGUUAAUUUUUGGAACAUAGCCUACAUUUUCACACUACUAAUGUUACCUAGUGCUGGUGCAUGCUAUUCAUGCAUAGAUUCUGCUAAUUUCCUUAAAUUUUAUUUUUAUAUGUUAUUUGAUUUUGAUAUAGGCUUCUGAUUUAAAAAUCUAGUGCCAGCUCUAAUCAAGAAAAGGAGAUAUUUCUGAUGUUUUUGAUAUGCUGUUUGUACGAUGACAUAACUUGGCAUCAGUACUUCGAACUCUGCGCGCAUAUUUGAAUUAACUGUGUGAAAAACAAUGACAUGCUAAUUAUGUCGAUUGACGUGCCAAAGAACAACAAUGUAGACCUGACGUGCACAGGCAUGAGCAACACUCCCGUAACUAUCACGUCUUGAAGAUCAUUAGCAGUCUUGUUACUCCAAAUACUUUACAAUGGCCUCUGCCACUGAACAGCAGCAACAGCAGACAACACUGGAAUUUUAUCAAGCAAUGACUGACUUCAAAAAUAUGUUUCCACAAAUGGAUGAUGAUGUGAUAGAGGCUGUACUGAGAUCGAAUCAGGGAGCUGUAGAUACUACAAUUGAUCAGUUGCUCACUAUGAGUACUGAUAAUGAGAAUGAGAAAAUCAGAAGCGAGUUGGAACAGAAAGAAGAGCUUCCAACUGCUACAAAAUCUAAGAAAGACUCCAGUAAAUUGUCAAAAAACAUAUAUAAAUGGCAACCUCCCUUAUUAGGACCAUUGCCGGACACUUUUCUGAGACUUCCUUACCAAAUGUCAGAUGAUGGUAUCGACUCAACGUAUUUGCAAGAGAACUCUAUGCUGGAAGAUGAGAGAAUUGCUAUGUUUCUACAAAAUGAAGAGUUUAUGGCAGAACUUCGUUGGAAUGAGGAUUUUCUUUCUACAUUAGAACAUGAUUCGAAGCUAGAAAAGUGCAGCAGUCAAGCUGGUCAUGACGAUGAAGAUCUAAUUUAAAGAAAGAUUAGAAAAAUAUGGGACAAAUUAUCUCGACGUAAAUUCGCGCAACUUACGAAAGUGUUCACUCGUAGUAAGAAACGCGGCGGCAGACAACUGUUACCACCGGCGGCUUCUUGUGAUGAUCUCCUGGACCCGGAAGAAUCAUCCAAACCACAAUUAUAAGACGAGAUCUACAUCUAUAAUUCUGUUGAGAUUUUGUUAUUUGUGAUGUGUUAUUUGUAUUUGUCUCUUACCAUGAGGAUAGCAAAAUUAAAUGAGAUUUGUAGUUUAAUGUAAUUUAGAUAUGUCUCGGAAACAAGCAUAUCUAUGCUGUUUCUUGUGAGAAACAGGAUAACUGCAUCGGAAUCAUAUAAGAUAUAAGUUAAUUAGCGAUUCAGAUUUCUACAUCCUUCAACAACUGUUAAUUAGUCACAGAGAUAAUGAAAUUUCAAGGUUGUGGAUGUGAAGAUGUAUUAAUGAGGAAGCGAAAGAUCAGCAA